UCCCAGGUCCGAGUGGUGUUAAGAGCACGAAAACAAACAUCAAAAACUCUGGCCACACUACAAGUACAGUCGACGGUUUGAAGAAUAAUAACACGUCGACAAAUAAAGAAAUAGCACUAGGAUACAGAAACCUGAAAAUCCAAGGAGCAAAAAAAUCAAAUAAAGGGAACCGUGUAACCAACGUUGGGGCAGAGUUAAAUCCCCAGGAAAGCGGUGAAAAAACCCAAAUUCAACAGUAAACAAAUAAAAUUCGUACAAGUGAACCUUCACCAUGCAAAGGGAGCAACUGCCAUACUUUGUAAAAGGUUCACGGAGAGCAAACUGGAUGUUGCUUUCAUCCAGGAGCCAUGGGCGAAUAAUAGUAGGAUACUUGGUAUUCCUACAAAUUGUGAAUUCAUAACAAAGGACAUCGUCGCAGUAGUGUUGGAGGUGCCAACAACUCACGGGAAAACUGAAAUGUGUGUUGCAUCAGCAUAUUUUCCAGGAGACCUGGGAGAAGUUCCACCACCAGAGGUCGCGGCGUUUGUCAAGUACUGCAAAACGCAAAAUAAAGCAUUUAUAAUUGGAUGCGACGCAAACGCUCAUCAUACUGUAUGGGCCAGCAAGGACAUCAAUAGCAGAGGUGAGUGCCUUCUUGAAUAUAUUACAGAUAAUGAAAUAGAUAUAUGCAAUAGAGGUGACGUCCCAACAUUUAUAAAUGCAAUUAGAGAGGAAGUUCUCGACUUAACACUGUGUAGUCCAACUAUCUCAGAUAAAAUCAAAAAUUGGCAUGUAUCAGACGAAAUAUCUUUGUCUGAUCACAAGCAGAUAUUGUUUGAAUAUGAGGCUGGUCAACAACUCAUACAAACCAUUACAGAUCCCAGGAAAACAAACUGGGAGUUGUAUAAUACACAGCUAGCGGAAAAAGUAAACACGUUAGCAAUUAAUACAAAUACUCGUGAAGAACUCGAAGAGAGUUCUAAACAACUUUCGAAUAUAAUUAGAUAUGCUUUUAAUCAAAGUUGCGCCACUAAGGAACGGUCUACAAUUAGAGAUGUGCCGUGGUGGAACAACAAGUUACAGAAACUUCGUAAAAAGACCAGAAAGCUUUUCAACUGGGCUAAGCGAACACAACAGUGGGAUCAGUACAAAGAAUCCCUCACUACCUACAAUAAAGAAAUAAGGAGAUCAAAAAGGGUACACUGGAGGCAUACGUGUGAAAACAUUGAAAAUACUCCUGCGACCGCAAGGUUGCAAAAAAUCCUUGCUAAAGAUCAUUCCAAUGGUUUAGGAACAUUGAAGAAAGAAGAUGGUUCUUUCACUACUUCGGCUAAUGAAACAUUGGAGUUGAUGAUGAAGACGCACUUUCCUUGUUCUAUUAUCAAUUCAAAUGAUGACCAAAGUACAUCUGCAUCAGGGACUGGUAGCUGUGAAACCAGGACUAAUAAUCAUAAUGCAAUAAAUGAUUCAACUGUGUUAGAAAGGCAGCUAGCUGCGGCGAAAGUGCCAUCCCCUAGAAAUCCUGCCGGUUCGGUGGUGGGGUGGCAAUGGCUUGCAAUGAAGCAAGGUCUCAUCUCCUUUGGGAAGAUGGACGAACGGACGGACGGACGACGGCAGGAUGGAUAUUGCAACAACCCGCGACACCAUCUGGGGAGAAAACGACUGUCGUCUCGUCAUCGCGGGAAAUGA